CACUGCAUCCGGCCACUGUGGCCUCUUUUAUAAGGGUAUUUAUCCCAUUCAUGAGGGUUCUGCAAUUAUGACCUAAUUGCCUCCCCAAAGGCUCCACCUCCUAAUACCAUCACCUUGGGGUUAAGAUUUCAACAUAAGAAUGGGGGGGGGGUGACACAAACAUUCAAACCACAGUGUAGCUGGCUCUAUAACAAAUUUCAGUGACCCUUGUAUGUUUUUUAUAAUCUUCUCCCUCUCAUGUUUUAGAUUUUUCAGGCCAGUAGGGCUUGAUGACCUGAGUUGUUUUCCAGAAUGAUGGAAUUUCUGGAAGACAAAGAAGUAGCAAUUCUGAAGGCCCCUGGGCAGACUUCUGAUGCCAGGACUCACCAUCCCUGACAACCUGCCCCUAAUGCACACUUAGCCCCUUGUUAGUUACACCAUGACCUGCCCCAAUGCCUGUGGCCCCUCCUUUAAAAGCCCAUGAUCUCCGUUAUUUGGAGAGACAGAUUUGAGACCUGAUUCCCCAUUUUCCUGACUUUGUUCGUAAUAAAAAAUUCCUUUCUUCCUUGGCAAUCCUCAUUGUCUCAGUAACUGGAUCUUUGUGCGGUGAAUAAUGACCUAGGCUGAAACCCCCUCGCAGUUUCAAUAACAACAACACUAACCUUUAUCUUUCUCUUUCUCCCCAUUUUAAUUUCAUACGUAAGUUGUUGGAAGCUAAUGUUACAAUCUAAUCUUUAGGUAAUAGAACAACAGAGACUAUGGCAUAAUUUGGUAAGUAUUUAAUAUAGACAGUGGUAUAAUGAUAGUUGGCAUCUAUGUAUUUCCUCAUUUUGGCGAGAGGGUGAGAACUUCUCCACUUGUACGAAAGAUAGCUGCACUAUUUUAGGUGGAAAUGUGGAGUUGUUUCAUUGUUGUAUGGAAGUGCAAAUGCAUACAGAAGAGUGUAUAUGGAAGCCGAGGCUCCAAAGGGAUCCACUGUGCCCCUUAUCAAUUUAUCAGCUCUCAGUAACAAAUCCACCCUUCUUUGUGCUUUAUGAUAGUGGAGAGGAGCCUAUUUUUUCUUUUCCAGCUGACAGUGCUCAGCUUUGUCAGUAGAGGGCGCUGGCAGGAUGCUGUAGGAGGCAGGGGUUUCUCUACUUGGUUCUGGUGUGGUUCCUCCAGGGCCUGGCUCCUGGAGCACCUGUGGCUUCUCCAGACUCCGGCAGUGUGGGCUUCUGUAGUGUGGGCAGCUGCUUCAGUGCCUGGGCCCCCGACAGUGCGUGGCAGUCAGCAACACGCGAUGGCUAGCCACUUCUCUUGGCACCCCCUUGGUGGCUUUGCAACACAAUUUGAGGUAAAGUACAACUUCCCUCAGCACCCAAAAUGUCAGACUUCCAGCAAGUUCCACCAGUGCAGCACCAUAUCCUAUCCAGUGAGGUCUAGAGCUCAGCCCUGCUGGGAGGGAGAAGGGAGGGCUUCCUUGCGUGUCUGUCUCUACCCCAGUUGAUAGUGGCUGCUCCUUCCACCUUGUAUUCCUUAUUCUCUAGCAUUCUCUUUCUCUUAUUAGCCAACUCCUCAGCACUCCAUCCCCUGCUACAGUAAAUAUAUCUUUACAUUAAACUUUUCCUGUCCAAAUUACAGUGUGGCUUCUGUCUCCUGAUUGGACUCUGACUGAUAUAGUGAAGAAUGGCAAGAUGGUUGGAUGAUGAAGAAGCAUGAAGAACCUCAAAUGAGGGCAGGUUUCAUCUUGCAAUCCAGAGAUGCAUUGGGAAUCAGUGACCUGGGUGUCAAAGCUCUUUUAGAAGACAAUAUUGAUAAUAAAGGAGCAAAUAUUGAGCUCUAAGCACUUUAUGUCUCAUUUAAUCCUUCCAACAACCCAAUGAAGUAGUACCAUUGCUGUUAAUCUUAUUAUACUGAUGAAAGAGCUGAGAUUAAAAGAUGAGAUUAAGAGACUUAAUCUCAGAUAGCUGAUAAGUGAUGUGUUCCAGUUACAACUACUGCAUCACAAACCAUCCCAAAAGUUGGUGGCAUAAAACAACCAUUUUAUUAUGCUCAUGGAUUCUGUGGUCACGAUGUUUUAAAUGUACUCAGGAUUUUGGUUUUAUCCAGGAAUGAUGAGGCCAAUAGCUCAGAAGAUGACUGCUAUUGAAUAUAUAGUUUGUUACUUACAGUUCUCAAGAGGAGUGGGCACACUAUGCCAUGUAGGGCCACACGUGAAAGCACCAGGUCAGCCAGACAGCAGAAGAAAGGAAAAGCAUGGACACAAGCCUUUAUUGUGUUUUGGGGGGGAGCAAUGGGUGUGGCAGGUUCAGGACUGGCUAGUUUGAAUAAUUCUGGUGGGCUCUGGGGCAUAGGGACUGUCUCUAAUUAUCCAAUACUGGGACCUCGGAUGACUAGAGCAAAGGAAUAUUGUCUCCUAGAGUGCCAGAGCCAGAUGGUUCAGCAUGUGGAUUCAGGAUUGAUUGGUUUGCAUGUCAAAGGCAUGCUUCUAGAGAUAGUUGUUUGCUAUCUCUAGGAAUUAGUUAUCUAAUUCCUAAUUAACCAGGGCAGUCUCUCCCUUGGUUUGCAAGGCCUCAAGCUGUCAAAGCAUCGUAAAAUACAGAAAAUAAAAAACAUGAUUAACACGCAGGAAUUUAGACAUAGCACAGCGGGAGCAGCUUGUUUCUGCUCCACAAUGUCAGGACUUCAGCUGGAAAGUCUUAGAACACUGAGGUUGGCUCGACAGCUGCCCUUUCUGUCCAUACUGAAAGUCAUUGUACUGGCGCUUGGAGAACCAACCAAGUAGCACUAUUCUUGUUCUCUGAACAGCCUAGGCCCUGCCUUUGCUCUCACAGUUCCUCUGUCUAGACCUGUCGAGGCUGGGAUUUUACCCCACUUACAAGCUAAUAUGCUGGCCUGGUAUUGUUCACGGAUUCUGGUAGAUGACAUGAGAUUCCUUAGAAACAAGGCAGCAUGAGCAUCCAUCCUACUUAUGUCUGCUCUCUUGUCCUCAACUCUCAUGGGAGCAACACAGAGGGGCCGGGUGGGCGUUACACAUGCAGCAGGUUUGUGACACAGUUGAGAGGCACUGAACUUGGGGAACCCACCAUCAUUGCCACUGCCACCGUUUUUAUUGUAAGCAAGCCGGCUCCACGGGAGAUGUUCCCUCAUCUCUCAAGGUUGCUGGCUACACACACAACCCUGUGGAAUGGUUGGGGAAAUAUCGGGGGUGGCAUUGCAGUCACAGCACACCCAGCGAUAACAUGGAGGGAUGCUCAGGCCCCAAGGUGGACUGCGGCUCCUGGCAACGCCUAUCUCCCAUCUCCGCUAGUAGACAUUCUAUCUAGCCUGGAAUUCCAUCUUGUGCUGGAAGAUUCCGCAGCCCUCCCCUCACACACAUGCUCUCCUUCCCUUUCUAUUUUCCUUAUAACCCUCACCUAUACCUCUCUUUUGCGUCUGUGACGGUCCCUCCCCUGCCAGCGGAGUGCGGACACCUUGAGGGCGGGGCUUGGUCCUCUUCAUUCCUGCCUUCCACACCCAGAUUGUUUGCAUCUAGCCGGUGCCUAGACCGUAUUUGUUGAGUUGGACAGAAGCAAGAUCUUCCUGCAUGGUUAUGCUUUUCCAGAGAGUCUGCUGGACUGUGCCUUGGAAUGUGAAAAACAUUCCCGGAUUCCAGAGGCUAAAAAUAUCGCCCCCAAACCACUGCCUGGCGCUUCCUUGUAAGGAGCGAGUCGGGACUCCGGAGGCUGAAAGUUUAUGCCCACCAGGUGGCGCUCCGACCCUCCAGUCUCCCGAGGCCUUUUUUAGAAGACGGGCUGGAUUCUCUUCCCUCCCCCAUGUCAACGUUCGUUCGCUUAGGUCCCCCACUCACAAAAGUCGUGUCAUCAGUCCAGCACGCAGGUUCAGCCCCCAGCUGCCUGUCCGAGCCUCAGCCCUACUUAAGACGGCAUCAGGUGGGCACUGAGCGCGUCCCUCCAGCGGGUGCCAAGGGAAGGAUGCCGAGGAAAAGCCCUGAAACUGGGGUCAGAAGACCUAGGUUUGAGACGCAAAGACACUUACAAGUCGUUUCUCUGGGCAAGUCGCUUAACCUUUCUGAGUCCCUGCGAGAGCAGCUGAGAAUAAAAUGUGGGAAAUUAUAUAAAAAUGCUUUGAACUUGGACGUGGUGUCAGCUACACCUGGGCUGGUGUUUCAGCUGUCCCCACUAGCUCUGGGAACGCGGUCAACUUCUUUAACCCUCUAAGCCCUGACUUCCCCAUCAGCAAUUGAGAGCUAAUAACAAGCAUUUCAUGGGGUUGGUGUAAGGAUCAAGUAGAAGAAAGAAUUUAAAGUGCUGUCAUCAUGCCUAGCAUUUAGUAAGUAUUCAAUUAAUAAAAAUCACAUAUUUAUGAUGUAUCCCUGGCCCCUAAAACAGUGCCCAGCCAUUAAUAGGUGCUCAAUAUCUAUUUUCUGGGUAAAAUAAUUUUACAGAUGAGGAAACUGAGGCACAAAGAGGUCAAGUAGCCCCUUCCCCCUCUGCCUAGGCCCCAGCACUAGGGAGCAGUGACACAAUGAUGCAUAGCAGGGCAGUCUGACUGCAGCGCCUGCACCCGGAGCCUCCACACCAAGCUGUCUGACACAGACAGGGGUGCUGUACAUCACCAUUUGUUCAUUUAAAAUGCACAUUCGGAGCUUUCUCAAGUAUCUGUAGGUGGGCUGAGUUGGCAGUGAGUGGCAUUAGCCCCCAAGAAGCCACCUAGUUUUGCUCACCCAUGGAGAGCCAAACCGCUGGAAGAAGAACCUGCUCAGCCAGGCUGGGGGCCAGUGGAUUCACUUCAUGACCAAGAGAUGAAGGGCCAGCUCUGCAGCGUGGGGUCUGCUGGAGGUCUGAUGCAUGUACGGUCCGCAGGGUAAGAGUGGUCCUCUCCAUUCCAUUGCCGUUCCUGCGGCCACUCAGUCAUCUACUCCACUUAUAUUUACUGAGGGUCUCCUAUGUGCCAGGCACAGGCAAAGAUGGGUAAGACGUGACCAAUGGUUAUGACGUAGCCAACUCAGAACUACUGCAGAAGGGUGGUCCAAGUGGGGGCCUAGAAGAACAAGUAAAUAGCCUGGGAGACGGGACAAAAGAGGCAGCAUUUAAAUUGGGCAUUGAAGGAUAAGUAGAAGUUUGGCUUCCAGGUGGGGUCUGGGAAUGCUGGGCAUUCUGAGAAAUCUGGGAAAUUUAAGAGGGUUAGUAGAGAGCUAGCAUGCUGGGUGGGAGCAGGGGAGAGGGAAGGAAGUGGAAAACCAGGAAGUUGGAAGUUGGUUGGGGCCAGAUUGUGAAAUAUGGCACAUGGACGAGAAAGACCCUAUCCUGUGGUCAGUGGGGAAAGAGGUGUAAUGAACAACCAGGUCUGCUUUAGAAAGACAGGGGCACAAAGGUCGGAUCUGAAUGGGGAGAGAAGAGACCAGCCGUAUGAACCCUUCUAGGGUUCAUUUUCCUCCUGAGGAAAACGAGGAGCAUUGUUUAUGUGUGUCUGAGAUUGUUUUGAGGCUUGAGUGGGAACGCACUUCCCGUGUAGACAGGGUGACACGAAAAUAUAAGGCUUCACUGGGCUCCAUUGCAGACGCCUUGGCCUGGCAGUCAAGCGCGUGGGCUUUGCUGUCUCUUGGAGUCGGGUUUGUGUCCGGCCACGUUAGGCAGCAGAUGUGGAAUCUAGGCAAAACGGAGGAUGGCAGGAGGGGUUGCAUAGCGCCGUGGGGAUGAAAUGUUGUGCCGUGUGGGAGGGUGGCGGCGCCUCUGGUGGGCGAUGGUCUCUCACCCUGACACCGGGAAGUGGGCGCUGGCACAGUCUGAGCCCAGCUUUGGGCAGGAUGAGCCUCAGGUGGCCCCCAAAGAUAUGGCGGAUGUCCAGGUGAGAAUGGCAGCCAGCUCAAGCCCAGCUCUGCUCUCCCUCGCCAAGGAAGGGCCAAGAGGCCCAGGGGGCGCUAGGCCAGGAGAAGGGGAAGGCAGGGGGCCCGGCCAGAGGCAGUUAGGACGCUGGAGAGGCUGGCUUUCCCCUCCGGGCUGGACCGGAGCGGUGGAGGCAGGGCGAGUAGGGGCGACCCCAGAUGUGGCAAACUUGGCGCGGGCGGACGGGCGGGCGGGAGGCGGGUCGGUGCGGGGCGCCCCGCCCUGCCCUGAGGAUGAAGCAAUCCCAGCUGGGAGUCUGGCGCGGCAGGGCAAGGGGGGCGCCAGGGUGGCGGGCGAGACGGGAGGAGAGAUGGCAGGAAGCCGGGAGGAGCGAGCGGGGGAGGAGAUGGUGGAGAGGAAAGGAAAAGGGCGGGCAGGAGGGUGGAGAAAGGGCGAGAGAACCAGAGGACGGCUGGGGGAGGAGAGAGGGGAGGAAGGGAGGGGAGAGGAGAGGAAGAGAAAGGGCUAGGAGGGGAGCGCGGCGAGGAUCCCGCGGCGGGCGCAGCGGGCACCUCGGCCGGGCCGCCCCGCGAGCAAGGCGCCGCCAUUCCGCUGCUCGGGGCGCCGCCGCCGCCGCCACCGCGCCCGGGGGCCAUGCUCCCGCCGCCCCCGCGCCAGCCGCCACCCCAGGCGCGUGCGGCCCGGGGCGCGGUGCGCCUGCAGCGGCCCUUCCUGCGCGGCCCGCUGGGCGUGCUGCGGCUGCUGCAGCUGCUGGCCGGCGCCGCCUUCUGGAUCACCAUCGCCACCAGCAAGUACCAGGGCCCCGUGCACUUCGCGCUCUUCGUGUCCGUGCUCUUCUGGCUGCUGACCCUGGGCCUCUACUUCCUCACGCUGCUGGGCAAGCACGAGCUGGUGCCCGUGCUGGGCUCGCGCUGGCUCGUGGUCAACGUGGCGCACGACCUGCUGGCGGCCGCGCUCUACGGCGCCGCGACGGGCAUCAUGAUCGACCAGACGCAGCGCCACAGCUACUGCAACCUCAAGGAUUACCCGCUGCCCUGCGCCUACCACGCCUUCCUGGCGUCCGCCGUCUGCGGCGGCCUCUGCCUCGGCCUCUACCUGCUCUCGGCGUUCUACGGCUGCUGCCGCCGCUGCCAGGGCAAGCAGGAGGUGGCGUGAGGUCGCCCGCGCCCGCCGCGGCCCCAUCGGGGCGGGGGACCCUCCGGAGACCAGCGCCCCAGUCCUUCCUGCUGCCGCUGCCUCGCGCCGGUGCGCCCUGGCACCCUCCCCUUGCCCAGCGUUUCCACUGCCACCCGCGCCCAUGAAGCCGACACGCAGGUCCCGCCCGACGACAGCGCUACAGCCAGAGUCUGGACCGCCAGGCGGGACGCGCCGUCUCCGGGGACCAGCGCAGAGCCGCGAUCCGAGGGGCGGACGCAGACUCCAGAUGGGCCGCCCCGAGGCGAAACCUCGCGGUUCCUCUUCCCCUUCCCUGCCGAGAGCGAGACGUGGACAGGCGCCGCGUAGAUCCGGGGGAGGCUCCCAAAUUGGAACCAGUCUCACAGCUGCGCCACGGCCCCCUUCCCUCCCGCCCCGCGGUCGGAAGAGCACCCCCUUCCCUGGCCCCUCUUCCAGCCUCCAGUGCUGUAAUAGACAGGCGCCAGCCACGGGCGGAGCUGGGGACAGGCCUCAGCUGGUGGCGAGAUGAGCGAGGAGUUUGGCUUUAGUUUGGGAUUGUGCGGGCAUCCUGUGCAGCCCCUUUCCCCAUCUCUCGGUGCUUUGAUGUUUUGGGGUGGGGCCCAUCUGCAGAGGUGGGGACGGGUAGGAAGGGCCGGCGGGCUGUGCCGUUACACCUUGGGAGUUUUCCCUCGCUUCUCCCUACUCCGCCUAUGUCCCUGCGGUUUAGCAGGCCAGUCCCAGACACACGCUAACUUUCCUGGCCUCAGUGACACAAGUCUCUUCUCAGCCUUCUUCUCACAAGCUUCUACUCCGCUCACCCCCUACCCCCCAGUAUGUUUGCAUUGGGAAUCCCUCGGCCGCAGAGGAAUGUUAGGGUGAGCUCCACCCCUUCUUUUUACAAAUGGGGACCCGGAGCCUGCUCUCGGGAACAGCCAGAGUAAGAUUAGAAUCCGGUCUGUGCGCUCGCAGUCCAGCGCUGUUUGCAGGAAGAGGAGGGGGUGCGCGCGCGGACCGCUGGCUGGGGAGCUACCCUCUGAAAGGGUUUCUAGGCCAACUAAGUUUGUCUACGGUGCUAUCUCCCCUUCUUAGAGAUUGGCCAGGCUCAUUAGCAUGUCACAGACUGAGAGUGCCGCUGUCACAGAAGCCCAAGUAAUUUAGUUUGCUGUAUUAACUGCUUUUGGGCCUGGGCCAGUACUUCCCACCUUAGGGUUCCAAGCAGUCCUGUGCUGUCCCGGGGCUCUCAUUCCUCAGGGCCCAACCCAUUGGCUGUGUUCUGUUUGAAGAUCCGGGGAGCUCCAUCCCUUUCCCAGGGAAUUUCUCUAGCAGAGGGAGGGACCCACCCC